AUGGAAAUGAACAGUAUUUAUACUGAAGAUCAUGGAUAUCAAAAAGAGGAGAAAGGUGAAGAUGCUCAGUUGGCUUCGAGAAGCAUAUGUGCUGAAUGUCUAAGAAAACUCAGAAGAUUGUUACCAGUAAUUUAUAAAGAAGAAGUAAUACAGCUGCUAAAACUUGCUGGACCGGUGUUUAUCUCUCAGCUGAUGAUCUUUCUGAUCAGCUUCGUCAGCACUGUGUUUUGUGGACACUUGGGGAAAACUGAAUUAGCCGGUGUGGCUCUGGCUAUUGCUGUUAUCAAUGUGACAGGCAUCUCCAUCGGCUCUGGACUGGUGUCUGCAUGUGAUACCCUCAUCUCUCAGACGUUUGGCAGUAAUAAUCUGAAGCGGGUGGGUGUGAUACUGCAGAGAGGGAUUCUCAUCCUCCUGCUGGCCUGUUUCCCCUGCUGGGCACUCCUUAUCAACACAAAGGCCAUCCUGCUGGCUGUCCGACAGAGUCCCAGUGUGGCCAGUCUGUCACAACUCUAUGUGAAAAUUUUUAUGCCUGCUCUGCCUGCUACUUUUAUGUAUCAGCUACAGGGAUUAUAUCUUCAAAAUCAGGGUAUUAUCUGGCCUCAGGUGAUCACAGGAGUCGCAGGGAACAUCUUCAACGCUUUGAUAAACUACAUCUUCCUUUAUCUGCUUGAACUUGGUGUGCCAGGAUCUGCUGCUGCAAACACAAUUUCCCAGUAUUCCUUGGCCGUGAUUCUAUAUACAUACAUUCGGUGUAUGGGUCUGCAUAAAGCCACCUGGGAUGGCUGGUCUUGGGAUUGUCUGCAGGAAUGGGGCAGCUUCAUCUGCUUGGCUAUUCCCAGCAUGCUCAUGCUCUGUGCUGAAUGGACGUAUGAGAUUGGUGGAUUCCUGGCAGGACUCAUCAGUGAGGUGGAGCUGGGCGCUCAGUCUAUCGUCUAUCAAUUGGCCAGCAUUAUGUAUAUGUUUCCUCUGGGAUUUGCGGUGGCCGCCGGUGUUAGGGUGGGAAAUGCUCUUGGAGCUGGAAACACAGAACAAGCCAAACUGUCCGCCAAAGUUUCUUUAGUCUGUGGACUGCUUGUCUCCUGUGUGAUUGCAGUCAUAAUUCCUGGAACUAACAACAUUAUUGGAUACAUCUUCAGUAAAGAUGAGGAUAUUGUCCACAGAGUUUCACAGGUCAUGGUUAUGUAUGGAUUUGUUCAUCUGUUUGAUGCUACUUCGGCUAUUACAGGUGGCAUUGUCAGAGGUGCUGGAAAACAACAGAUUGGUGCUCUUUGUAACUUGGUGGGAUAUUAUUGUGUAGGAUUCCCAAUUGGAGUGUCUCUGAUGUUUGCUCUUAACAUGGGCAUAGUUGGCCUCUGGAUUGGGUUUUUUACAUGUGUCUUCCUACAGUCUUUGUUCUUCAUCAUCCUCAUUUGCAAAAUGGACUGGAAAAAAGCAACUCAAGAGGCUUUGAUCAGAGCGGGUGUUCAAGUCUCUGAAACCAAAUAUGAAUCCUUUGGUUUGGAAAAUAAGGGCUGCACUGAAGAAGCAGCAAUGGAGAACACUGAAGAAGGCCAGACAAACACCGACCUGGAAGGACUCAGUAAAGGAGGAGGAGGAAUAACAGACACUCUUGCAUUGGUCACAGUUGGAGAGCUCUUGACCACCAAACAGCUCUUUUUUCGUCGAGGACUUGCAUUUUUCUUCAUGCUGCUUAUAUUAACUGGAGGAAUUGUGUUAAAUGAGGUGCUCAUUAGAUUUAUUAUUUGA